GGUCUCCCUGUCUUGCUCGGGCUCGCGGUCUCGCGUCCUCCCCAAUUCCAACCGCGAAACUCCGAAAACCCUCGCUCCCAACCCCAGCGAUGGCCGGAGAAGACGCCGCCGCCGCCGCCAAAUCCGCAGGCGCCGCGGCGGUCCAGAGGGCCCCUAAGAUGAAGGAAGAGGACGACGAUGACGACGAUUUCAUGCCGAUCUCGCAUGCCCGGGGCAGGAAGAAGGCGAGCGAUGCGCCCGCUUCCAAGUACAAAGAGGAGGAAGAGGAGGAUGACGACGACGAGGACAACCUGCCGCUCGCGGUUUCUCGGGCCAAGAAGGCGGGCAAUGCGGGUGCCUCCAAAGCCAAGAAGGAGGAGGAGGAUGACGACGACGACGGUGACUACCAUGUGCCGCUCUCGCGGUCCAAGAAGGGAAGUGAGAAGCAGAAAAGCACCGCUAUUAGCAAUACUAAGGCUAAGGUUAAGAAGGAAGAAGUCGAUUCAGAUGAUGAAUGCAAGCCAAAGUCGCAAAAGAAAAGUAAUGCAAAGACCUCAAAGGUUAAGAAAAUAAAAGAUGAGGACCUGGAAGAUGAUACCAAGAAAAUAAAGAAGAAGGCAGAUACCAAAAAAGAUGAAAGGAAUGGUGCUGCCACCAGAAAGGGGGAUGCAGAGAAGGUGAAGAAAGAGAAAAAGGUGUAUGAUUUGCCAGGGCAGAAGCAUGAUCCUCCUCAAGAAAGGGAUCCACUGAGGAUAUUCUAUGAAUCACUCUAUGAGCAGGUGCCCACUAGUGAGAUGGCUGCAACCUGGUUGAUGGAAUGGGGUUUACUCCCACCAGAUGUGGCUCGAAAGGUCCUUGAGAAGAAACAGGGCCAGAAACUGAAGUCACCAGUGAAAAUAACCACUGCAAAGAGAAAGCCAGACACCCCAACCAAGAAAACACAGUUGUCAUCUGCUACAAAAACCACCUCAGUUGGCAAGGAUUCUGCAAAGACUACGGCGCAGAAGAAGAGGAGGGCAAGCAGUGACACUGAUGACGACGACGACGACGACGACUUCAUUAUUUCUAGGACGAAGACCAAAAGGCAAAAGACUAAUAGCUAGUUGUCUCAUCCUUAUAGUAAAUGGGAUGUUCUUCAUUUAUCGUUGGCAUUAUGCUGAAGCAGGGAACCUUAGGGAAUAAUGAGAGGUUUCCCUUUCCAUGUAUUGACGUGCAUGAGCUCUGGAUGCUGAAGUGAAGUAACACACUGCUUAGAAGCUCCAUUGUUACUGAAUUCUGGAAUGACAAUGGUUUUCCAGACCAGAAUGAAUAGUAAUGUUUUAAAUUGUUCAGUUUGUAUCAUUCUUAUGCAGUGUUUGCAAUUUUUUUACAAGGAAAAAGUAUGUGUUGAGGUUGAGGCUGUCCACAUG